CAUGUGACAAACUGGGGCUUCCAUCUUGCAUAGAUGUUGAUGUGACACAUUGGUGAUAAAAAACAUUUACAGAAAGAGGUGUCUCAUACUGUUAUUAGAAAGAUGACACUUUUUAGGAAAAGAAGUGUCAAAGGCGACCCUCAAAUGGAGUACCAAUGCACUAUCCGCUUCUUGGAUGAUUCGGAGCCCAUUCAGUUAUCUUUCAAGAAGGAUACUUUGGGUCACGUUCUGUUUGAACAAGUAUGCAACAAGUUAAAUCUGAUGGAGAAAGACUACUUUGGCCUGAGAUAUGUGGACUCAGAAAAACAGAGGCACUGGCUGGACCCUCUAAAAUCUGUCUACAAACAACUUAAAGGUGUGAACCCCACGGUCCUCUGCUUCCGAGUCAAAUUCUACCCUGCUGAUCCUAUGAAAUUACGAGAGGAAAUAACGAGAUAUUACCUGUUCCUUCAGCUGCGGAGAGACCUCCAUCAUGGUCGACUGUUGUGUUCACCUGCUGAUGCCAAUCUGUUGGCAGCCUACAUCAUACAGUCGGAGGUUGGAGACUACGAGGCAGAGGAUCAUCCUCCGGGUUAUGUAACCGAGUUCAAAAUGUUGCCCAAACAGAACCCGAAGACUGAGGAACAAAUCAUGGAGCUUCACAAAACUCUGAGUGGCCAGGUCCCAGCUGAGGCUGAAGCUAACUUCCUGAAGAAGGCUGCAUCCUUGGAUACAUACGGUGUUGACCCCCACCAGGUCAAGGACCACAAGGGGACACAGUUCUACCUGGGGGUCACACACCAAGGCAUCAUGACGUUCUAUGGGAGUCGGCGCACACAGCUCUACAAAUGGAACCAGAUCCGAAGGAUAGCUUACGAGGGCAAGAUGUUUAUCGUCCAUGUCAAUAUCGCUGAGGAUGAAGAUACAACAACCACAAAGAAGGCCCAGACUCUGGACUCCUACCUUUGUACCAACGCUGUCAACAUGGACGAAGACAAGCAGCAACCAAUCGGCUACAAGUGCCAGACAGUCGGGGCAUGUAAAUACCUAUGGAGAUGUGCUGUGGAACAACAGUUAUUCUUUACGUUGCCCAACUCUGACAACCCGCCAAAGCUGAGGUCAGGAGGGUCAUUGUUCUCACGAGGGUCAAAGUUCAGGUUCAGUGGGAAGUGUCAGAACGAGGCGUACAGUAACAGUGACGGAAUCAACAGGAACGAACCAGCAUUCUCCAGGUCAUCUUCACUUCCCAACUUUGGCAGGAAGAGUGACAGCAAGGCGUCUCUGAAGAACUCCUCAGUGUUAGCUGAACCUGUCAAAGAAGUUCAACCUCUGCCCAUACUUGAGCUGAAGCCAGAUAAGAAACGUUUUAAGGAAUCAGCUGUCGAUGUGGAAGGUCUGGAUGCCUCCUUGCCCAGUCCCAUCGUGGAGAUUCCUGUCAGUCCUAUUGUCAAGGCUCCCGUCGCUGUGGCAGAGGAUGUAACAAUUCCGGAGACAAUAGAAGCAGUGCAAGCAGUGGAACAGCAGUCCCCGGUCAAAGUCAAUGGUGUGAUUCCAUCACAAGCCAGCCUAGAGUCAGCCGACAAUGAACUUCCUAACUACGAACCAAAUCUCAGCCUUAUUGAGGAUGAGAUCAUUGUGGAUGGGAGCAAAGAUGAGGAUGAGAUUGACGACAAAGAGGAGGAAGAUUCGGCUCCAAAGAUAAGCCUUGAUGAACAGAUCAAAUCACUCGAAGAAGAAAUCUUAAGGAAGGAUAGCUUCUCAAAGACCAACAACCAUGUUGAACCAGAAGUUGCUGGUCAGGUCAUGACGGAAACUGUCGAGCCGCAGGUAAACAACAAAGCUGGAUCUGCACCAAUAUCAAGUAAUGCAGUGGACACCUCUUCAGCCAAUCACAGACAGGCUACGACGGACAGCCCUGUUGUCCCCAAGAAAUCGGGUCCGUCCUGCUGUGCCGUGUUCAUGUUUACGCUCUUGUUUAUCGUACUGACUCUGGCCAUGGUUGCCGUGGUGAUCUACAACUCUAAUAUAAACCAUCCUAUCGCCAAACAGUUGAAACAGCAGAUGAAGUUUGUUGAGCCAGUAAGAGAUUACAUAACACACCGAGUGCAAUCCAUAUUUAAAUCAUAAACUCAUUGUACAUAUAAUCAUGGAGAAACACAUUUCACAUGACAGCCUACACUGAGAUUUCUAUGGCAUUAUGUAAAACAUCACAAGGUGUCCGAUAUUGAUAUUUUCAUUUGAAUAGGGCAACUUUAUAUCAAUUUUACUCUCCAUGUUAAUAUAUGAACCACUCUACACUUCAGGCUUUAGGAGGUACUAGAUUUAUUUUUCCAACGAAAUAUAAUCUGUAUGGAUAUUGAAAAAAAUCUAUGAUAAAUUCCCAUACCAUGAACUUAAUGGUGAGAUUUUUAUCAUCUUAGACUAUGAAUGGAAUUAAUUUUGGAGAAAUUUCAGCCUGAUGAAGUCUCAGUGUUUGGUUGAUGAACGAGGGUAAUAGGCUUUUUGUGUACAUUGGUGUAAGGGAAUUUUUUUCUUCAUUUGGAUGAAAUAAGGUUAAGAUAUAAUUGUAGAUUGUAGAUAAUGAUAUUGGUUCAAUAUUCAUCGCACUGACUGGUCAAACAUUCAUUUUAAUAGGCAGAAUUUUUUCAGUAAGUGUUUAGAUUUGAGAUUUAUCAUAAUCAGGGAAGUAGAAUAGUAGAUUUAUUUUCUUGAAUUUGAGCAAAGGAAUGCCUAAGGUAUGUUUUACUGAACUACUGUAAAUUACAGGAUUUUUUUUCUCAUGCAAAGAAAUAUUAUAGAAAAAAAUUAUAUGUACAUCUGUUUAAAUGGUCACUAUUGGCCAGUCAUUAUCUUUAAUUCGUAUUUACAAAAUUUACAUGUUUUAUAAAUAUUCACAUAUUAAUAAACAAUGGCCUUUUAAGUCUGUUGUAACUUGUAGACAUAUCAGAAAUUACAGUUAUACCAUACGAUCAUAUGAUAGUGUAUUAAUCAUUUAUGACAUAUUGUAUAUUUAGAGGGGACAAAUGACAUUUUGUAAUAUAGUCAUACAAUCAUUAUUCAUUUACACUUUUUUCUCAAUUUUUGAUACAUAUCUUUUAUGUUUAGAUGGUAACCUGUUAUAUAUCUAUAAAGCCAUGUAAGGCGUGUUUUUAUUAUCAAUUAUAACUUGCUACAAAGGUUUAAUUCAGCCCUAAAAUUGUUGAAUUUGGAUUAAGUUCUCAUCUGUCAUUUUCAACACUGUUGUGAUCGUGUGAUUUGGGGUUUUGCUUUUAUACACUAAAUCAAUAAUGUUUUAUAAGAAGCAAGUUUUUGCAUAGAAUGAUAUCAUGAUUUUGAGAAGAUUUGAAGAAAGAAUGAUUGUAAAAUUCACAUUGUAGUCGAAGAACUCCUAAAAUUAUGCAAUUUACAUACACACUACUAUUUAGAUGAUUGUGGCGAGUUUCAAAUGAAACACAAGAUUUUUAUUUUCAUGUCCUGUGUUUUAAAUCCUUAUGGGUGAUAUAAACUGUUUUAUUGGAGAAGCACAAGAAAAUUAAAAACUCAGUACUAUAUUUCAUUUAAGAUUUUUUUGAAAAUCUUGUUUCAAUUUCCAGCAUUUCCUUGAUAUUGUCUGUGCAUGGGGCUUUGUAUUUUCUAUCUAAAUUCCACAUAAUCCCUGAGGGAGGUGUCAGUUUAUUGUAUAAUGCUUUCCUAUGGAGGAAGGGGACAAGGCAAUAUAAUGAAUGCCUGGAUCCAACGCUUUUCGAGGAUGGAAAGGUGAAUACUCAUGCUCAGAUGGAGUUAUCCCCCUUCUAUCAGAAUUUCACAAAUGUAGAGACUGGAUUUACUUAUUCUCCUCAUGAUCAAUGUCUGUAAGAUACUUAUAUGUAUAGAUAUUGACUUUUAGCAUAAUCCUUUAUUUUAAUGUUCUCAUUUUAUGAUGAAUUAUUGAGAGAAAAAAUUCUUUUCUACCAUUUCUACCACAGAAGAUUAACAAGUUCCUUGGCCAUAUAGAUCCAUAUUUUCUAAACACAUUGGCUUAGAUUUGGUGCUUGAACAACCCGAGACAACCAUUUUAAGAAACUGACAUCAAGGGUUUAGGAUCUCAGAAUUUUUCAUUUGUCCAAUUUUAGACCUUAAUGUAGUCUAGCGUAUAGAUUUUAUAUCAAGAUAGAUUUCCUAGGCAGCCAAUAUAUCCAUAGCUUGUAAGACUAAUGUUGAAGAUUAAACACAUUCCUUCCUAUAGAAAAUAUUUUUAUCAUCAUAAGUCGUAAUCAUCCGCUGUGAUCAUAUUCUCAAUGACAUACUCGGGUUGCUCUGGAUUUUCGUUUUGUGUUAAAUUGAGAUGUGUUAGGUUACAAACCUUGUGGCUUCGAUACACUAUUUACAGUGGUAACCUGUUGAGGUUAUCUUGUUAUUACUACACCUUCUUAUCACACUAAUUACUGCAAUGUAAUAUGAUAAAUAAAUAAAUAGAAGAAAUGUUAAAAUGAAAUAAAAUUUAAACAGAAUGAAUGAUUUGAGAAAGGGGAAUAACUUUUAAGCUAGGAGCUAGUGAUAUAAAUUUGGUGCAUGUUAUCGAUUUUAGUAUAUAUUUAAUGGUAUCAAAUGGUAAUAAAAUUUCUUAUCUAAUACUUGGCAUGUUUAAACCACAAGAAAGUCGGAAAAUCACAGAAUAUUUUCAUGUUAUUAAAGACCAUUUUGUAAAUGAUGUCCCACGCAUGAAUAUUUUGGUGGAUUCUGAUCAGGACAGUGCAAUAAUACCCAUACCAUAAUAGGUACAUGUAUAAGUUUGUAUAUGUGUUCAACUUGAGUCACUAAAACAAAAGUAUAUAUACUUUAGUAAAAUGUAUACAGUUAUGUAUAAAGUAAACAGAAUGUUUAUCAUUGUGGAUAGUGUGUCGAGGAACAGGAAGCCCCACAGUGAGAUAGUUGGCGGUGAUGUCACGAAUCUCAUUAUAACCUACUUCCAAGUAUAAUUUGUUGUAAAACUGAAUUUUCCUCCCUCCAUUCUCAUCUGUAUGUAUGUAUCCUUUAUUGAUUUUUCAUUGGACACAAAUAACUUCUGUACACAAAAACUUACCUUAUAUAGAAUUAUCAUCUGAAAAUUGAAACAGUUAGAUGAAAUAUUAUCUAAAUAACUUUUUCAAAUUAACACCUAUGCAAAAAUUCGAAACUGAAAUAAAAAAAAAACAGAAAAUUAAAUUGUAUUGUAUUAAUUACAGUAGUCAAUAUUGAAUUACAGUAGUUAAUAUUGAAUUAAAAACUUUAUGUACAUGUGUCUGUCACAUAUUUACAAUUUAUAACUGAAUUUCAACAUUGGGAUACAUAAAUUCAAAGUAGUUAUAUGCUAAGAAAUGUGUUUGUUUCACAUAAGAUUAACAUAGUUAAAGGGAGAUUACUCUAACAUACAUGACAUGAUGGGUAGCUUACAUCUUUAAGUCAUGAGGUGGUUGUCAACAUUAGCUAUAGAAGAAUGUGACAUUGGCAAGAGCACCUAAGGAGGUAUUUCAUUUCGUUUACAUCUACAAUCACUAACCCUAUGGACCAAUUAAUGUUCUCGUGAAAUGUUUUUAAGUGGUAAAGUAUACUUCACUCGCUAUGUUAAACUGGGACCACAAUAUUCUGAUUACAUAAAUUGACAAUAUAUAAACACUGGGAAGUAUCCUUUUUUUUUUUUUUUUUUGUGACCUUUAGAUUUUUGUCAAACUUUAUAUUUUAGAUAAUAGAUACAAAAAAAAUCACCUUCCAAGAUACAGUCCAUCCAUGUCGUAAAUCACUAUUAGAUAAUCGUUAUUCUUGGAAUCUGUGAACCCACAGUAUAACCAUUAAUGUAUUAUUGUUUUUUCUGUGUAAUUCCUAUUUCUGUGGUUUGAGUCAUGGGCUAGUUUUCGUUACAGUUCAGCAUGUCAGCAGAAUUAGCUUUUUCGAACCUAGUACAAAAUGUACCUGCAUGGUCUUUCUCUGAAAUGUGUUGAACUUUGUACUUUCGCCAUGAUUAUUUUUACAUAUUUGUUUGUGGCAACAUUUUAUGUAAAGAUUCAAUACCAUGGAACAACUAUUCUUUAUCACGAAAAAAUGCAAUUAUUUUAUUUUAUUUUUUUUUUUUUCUCUCUUUUAUUGUUAUUUUGUUCAUACACUUAAUGUUGUCUAUUCCAACUGUCGUUCUACCCACCUCCUCCUAACACACCCAAAACCCCACCCUGGGAACAGAUAGUAAUUCUCUUGCCUCUCUAAGGAAUGCCAGAAAAUGAUGUGUUCAUCAUUCAUGCUUGGACCUAACUAAAAUCACUCUUGAAAAGCCAUUAGAAGUCAGCUUGUUAGAGCAAGCUUAAUAAUGUUUCAUCUAUAAUUUUACUGUUAUUAUAGCUAUGAACAUUUGACUGUUGAAUUUUCUACACUGCUCAAAAUUUUCUUUAACUAUCAAACCUUCUAUUACAUGUUUAUCCGUGGUGUGAAUAGCAGCAUGGAAAUGCUGGGGUUUUUUUUAUUGUUUUUAACAUGAACACUAUCAGCUUCUAAGUAAUUGUUAUAAACCAUGAUAUAUUAUUUUGCACAUGUACUAGCUAGGAACUCAUUUAGCAAAGUAUUGUCCAAAAAUGACUCAAAUAUUCCAUGGGUAAAAUUUAUACCUCAGACUGAUUUUCAGGUUUAAUGAGAAUUAGUAAGGUAUAUAGUUUUUUUCUGUACAUUGUCAAACCUCAUGAUUUAGUAGGAUUUAAAUAGUGUGUGCAUCAAAAUAUUAUUGUUCCCAUAGAGGUGUCAUAUCAUAAUUUUGACAUUAAUUUGGAUAUUUUAAAGUAAUUCUCAAUAAAAAUAGCUUUGCAUAAUGAAUAGAAGUUCUGAAGAAUUUUAAGCUAACUCCAGCUGCCUAGUAACAGCCUCGUGUUAAUACCUGUGGUUAUCAUUUGCUUCUCUGCCUUGAUAGCUAAGGGAUUACUAGUAUAUCUCCCCUGGUUUGUCUUCUAAACAUUGCUGGCCAUUAAAAGUUAUUCCAAGAACUUGGGUGUAAACAUUAUAGUGUUGAAAUUGACAUAUUUUAGGCCAUGCCUACAUCAUUUGGUAUCACUUUGAUUUUAAUAUUGUCUUUGUUAGAUCUGCACAGCUUGCCGACCUUUUUACACGCCUUGUCCAUAAAUAUCAAAGUUCAGAAUUGAUCAGAGACUAGUCAUUAGCCAAUGUGUUUCUGAGCAAUACCUUAUUUUGUACUAUGUCAAACUUGCUACUCUAGUUUGCUUUGUUUUUCUAGCAUGUCAUGAUCACUGCUUUACAUGUAUAUAUUUCAAGAGCUUGUAGGAAACAGAACAUUAUUUUUGUUGAGAUGUAUAACAUACUUGAAGCUAUGAACAAAAGAGAACAAUCUUUUUGAAUGUAGCUUGAUCUCAACUUUAACAAUGGUUUCUGUUGUCUACUAUUUUCUUGAAUUAAAUGUGGCGGAAAAAAGUUUUAAUAUUUUUUUCGCUCAUGGUGGACAAUAUUUAUCCAGCAAUAAUCUCAUGUCUUGUGAUAAGCCCAGUGUAUCAUUUGAUGUUCAGGAUAAAAUAUCCAAUUUUAUUUCAUUAUGUCCCUUUAUUAGCCCACCCUUACUAAAUUAAGCAGAGAUUAUGUGCUGGCCGCAGUGGGUUUAUUGCAGGAUAACUAAUGUACACACGAGGUAAUGUGAAAUGUACUCUUAAGUCUUCUACUGCUGUGCUCAUUAUUGUAUAGAGUUUGGAACGAUUCACCCUACAACACCGGCAUCUAGUGGAAGUAUGCGCCCAACAACGGCAGAUAUAUUGGGAAGGGUACAGGGCUGUUAUAUAUUAUACUGAACAAAUCACCUAUUUUUGUAUGACGUAGAAUUUGUUAGUCGUUAUAUAGAUGAUAUGUAUGUUGUGAAUUAUUUAAUCCCAUUUAAUGUUGGUUUGUGAAUUUUUGUAUAUACAACUCUGCUAUAAUUAUAUGAAAUUUUGUUUACUUUUGACAGAAUUUAUUCUUUAAUUAUUAUGUCCUUUUUAUUUUUAUUUUCUGUUGUCUAGACUGUUGUGAUAGAAAAGAAUUUUUAUGUAUGUUAUGGUAACUUAAACGUUAAACAAUCUUCCAUGAGCAGCCUUACAUUGCAAAACCAUCUUUUUGAGAGAGAAACUUAAGAAUUUUUCAAAUAUUUUUAUUGCAAAUAAUUUUUGACAAAAAAUAUGUUGCUUUUGUUUAAGUAUGUUAUAUAUUCAAGAAAUAAUUCAAGUUGAAGGUAAAAUGUGACUUGUAUAAUACAUGGGGUCUGUGGAAGAUUGUUUUGUGUAAAGUCAGAGACCUAUUUGAUUAUAACUAUAUACACCUCGUGUCCAUAGAGUGGACAAUUGUUAUUCUGCUUUCUAUAACAUAAAUGUACUUUUUGAUAUAUAAAUGCAAGUUUUCUGUAUGAUAUUCAUAUACAAAUAUAUAUCUAUACGAUGACUGUUAUCUGAUGAUAUUGCUUGAUAUACAAUGUAUUUUGCAGAAUGAUAUCAGAUUGCAAACUCCAAACACAAAUGUUACAUACCUUCUGAUUGGUUAGUUUUAACCAAGCAAAAUCUUUCACACAUAAAACCUUGAAGCACAGUUUUUAAAGCUCAUUGCCUUAAAUCCAAAGAUGAAGUUAGAGAUUUCAUAGCUGGGUGCAGAUACAUGUAUUUGAUAUAAAUAAUUUACGACCUCUAAGUUUGGCACCAAGGUCUAAAAGAUGUAGAGUUAAGUCUAUAUCUCAGAAGGGGUAAUUGUUUCAGUGGAGAAGUACAGUUCAUAAUGAUGUCAACACUUUGAUAUUUGAAGAAGUAAACCACAUUGUUCUAAAAUCUGACAAAAUAAUGAAAAAGGGGUAUACAAAUCUUUUGUUUUCAACUUAACUUUUCACCUUUUGAUUGAUAUUUUUAUGAAUUUAUUUGGGUGAAAAAUAUUGAUGUUAUAAAAUUUUUCAAACUGUAGUCUACCGGUAUCUGUAGCUGAGUGUUAAAAAGGAGUAGAUGUCAAUGCAGAAUAAGGAUUGUUCCAUUAUUUUAAAAAUUAGAAUUUUUUUGGAAGAUACGUUUUUAGUAUGAAUUUCUCCUGCACCUACAAAAUGUUUGUACUAUAGGACAAUUGUUGUAUCUAGGGCAUGUCUCAAUUUUCUUAUUGGAAAUGAGACGUGAAAAUUAUCAUAUACUACAUCUACAUUUUAAAUGAGACAAGUUUAUAAUUGUAUUUAUCUAUGUCUUUAACAACGAAUUAGUCUCAAAAAAAAAAUCCAGAAGUAUAUUAAUUACGACUUAGAAGUAUAUUAAUUACGACUUAGAAGUAUAUUAAUUACGACUUUGAAGUAUAUUAAUUACGACUUUGAAGUAUAUUAAUUACGACUUUGAAGCAUAUUAAUUACGACUUAGAAGUAUAUUAAUUACGACUUAGAAGUACAAUGUAUAUUAAUUAAGACUUAAUAAGUCCCAGCACAAAUAAUGUCUCAUUGCGUACACCAAAUAUCUGUAGAACACUGAUUUAAGUAUGAUGUUCGUGGGAUACGGCUAAUGUGGAAUUGCAGGCAUUAUAUACUUUUCAUGUUUCUAAGUAAUAUUCCUCAAUCAAUGAAUGUGACCAUUUACAUUGUCAAUUUGCUGGUCUCUGAGGUCAUUAUAAGUCCUAAACUGUUGAAUUAAAAUACAGGACGUCCAGUGAACCAGCCAUGUUUGCAGUAGCCCAAUUGGUUUUUUACCACUAGUACAGUUAUAGAACAGAUGCCUUUUAUUACAACUACAAAGUUUUACUUUGAAACUGUAUUUUAAAGUGAUAGGUGAUUUAUUUUAAAGAUUUUUAUAAUUUAUUUCUGUUUAUUUUCCGCAUUAUUGAUGUUGUGUCCUACUUAAAUCUCAAGACAGCUGAAAUGAAGCUUGAAUAAAAUAAACAAAAAUGGAAGUUU